CAGUUUCCGAAGGCGAUGAUUGUCGUGUCAUCGAAGUUGGAAAAAUGUUAGCAAUCGUGCAACAUCUUCUAGAAAUGCUGCGCAUCCACUACAAUGCGCUGGGUGCCAGCUGCUUGAUCUGCAUGUCUCUGGUUGGGGUUCUGGACUACAGUCACGGUGUGCAUGGCUGCGAUCUGUACUGUUGGCAGCAGCAGCUGGAUCGAGUGGAGGAUAAGCCCAUGGCGCUUAUGCUUCUCAUUGCAGGCUUUAAGCUGAGUCUGAUUCUGGCUUUGACGCUCUUCAGCUACACACAAACUCGACCUGCGCUGGAGCAGUCGAUUGGGUAUGUGAAGCGACGCUAUCGUCGCUUCAUUGUGAUGCGGCUGCUGGCUGCCCAUCAUCAGUUCGUGCACGGCGACGAUCAGCUUCAGAGCCGGCACUCGGAGCUGAUGCUCGCCAUUCAGCUGUUUCGCUCCGAUGCACGCAAGCUCUACGAGCGCACAGCGGAACAUCUCCGACAGAGCGUACACCAGAUGCUCCACGUGGAGGAGCAGCUGGAACAGGAGCUGUUGCAGAAGGGCUACGACAAAUACACAUGCGUUAAUCAGUUACGGGACGUAGAUAUCUAUCGGUUGGUAUUGGCUCUGCCAUUUUCAAAGCUGUAAGUCAAUAAAGUGUGGUACUAACGGGAUUCGAGACCGAAGGAGUGCGUGGGUGCGGCUGUUGGGGCAGGGCGUCGAGUGUGCUAACCACAACAACAACAAACAGGCAACAAAAU